AUGCUCGCGCGAGCAGCACGGCGGAAGCUUCGCAAAGACGCCUUCAGGACACCCACGACCCUCUCGGAUCAAUUGACGCUACCAUGGCUCUGUCCAGCGCAGCUACGAAGAGCAUCGAAUGCCGCGACGAUAAAUAUGAAGACAUACGAUUCGAAAAGACAGCGGAGACCGUCGCUUUCAUCACGGCAUGACACACGCUCACUCGCCACGGCCGCCGAAUUACAACCCGCCCCCGCUUCAUUACCUUAUGAUCCCUUCUCGCAUGCCUGGGACUAUAAAGUACAAUCACCAGAGCUUUCCCUGCUGGAGCGCUGGGACACGGCGAACCCGCUCAUAGUUAAAGAAGUUCAGCUUCCACCUGUAGUACGCGCGACCUAUGGCAUGGGCGCUAAUCCGGUCGAGCUCCAUCAGAAUCUAUAUGCCUGCUUGCGAGUUGGCCGGAUGGAUCGUGCGGCAAUUAUUAUUCAGCGUCUCACCUCUGUAUACCAUCCAUCUGCGCCUGAGGUGGUGGAUGCGCACAAUGUCUACUUACAGACGCUAGCUGAGCUGUCGCAGCAGGAUCCCAAGCCCGACUCGAUGGCCAGUAUUGAGAAAUGGUACGAAACACAAAUGAUUCGCAAAAACAUUGAGCCAAAUGCGCAGACUUUCGUCACAUUGGUCCGAGCAGCGAUGAACUUACUCGACGAAGAUGCGCGGGAGGAUGCAGUAAGGAGAUUUCUCGCUAUGGCGCACGAGUACGGACCGGAAGUCGUAGACGACAUCAAUGGAUCACCAGACUUCUCCGACGAAGAGUGGGACAUGCUAAUUCGCCUACAACCGGAAGCAUACGAAGAGCCGCCAACCGUGGAAGAAGUACAAAAUCUGCACGUCAGCACCCCUGCCGGACGCAAGAAUCUCAUUGAUCAUGGGUUGGUAUCGCUUCCCCAUGAAACCAUCAAACCUGUGCCGCAGAAGGGUGUGGGCCUAGACUCGCUGAAGCAAGCACUGGCAAUGUUUGAAACGACUGGAAGCGUCCCAUACCCACACGAUAUGGAAGGCACACAGGAAGAGAAGGACCAUGCGUACGCGUAUGCCCGGCAGCUGCGCAUGGAGCAGGAUGCUAUGGAGGCCGCCGUGGAUAGGUGGAAACACGAGGACGAGAAGCUACAAGACAUAGGCAUUCAUGGCGUGUUGAAUACCAAGCCCGUUCAAGCCAUGAUGUACAGCUGGUACUCCGCACUGGUGCCGCUUUUUAAGCAGCAAAUCGAGCGCACGAGAAAGAUUCUUAGCGCACCCUUGACGGACAACAAACGCGAUGACGCACACGGAUACGGAGCCUGGUUAGAGAGAUGCAAACCUGAAACUCUUGCAGCCAUCACUGUUGCUCGCUCAGUUCAAUCCUGUGUAAGGGGCAAAAGCGAUUCUAGUUCCCCUCUCAAGACUUCGACUCUAUCUAUUGCUAUCGGUUCAGACAUCCACGAACAUUUCAGGGCGGACGCUCAAGCUCGCCAGGAGGCGUUCUUGAAGAAGCAGCGGAAACAAACACGUAUUGAAUUAGUCGACAAAUUAUCCAAGACCAAGACCACUUCAACCACAUCACCGAGCAAACCAAAUGUCGUUCCGAUCGCCUUUGAUGCGGCUGACAUGCCUCUCUCCAUAAAGACAAAGAUUGGAGCGCUAUGCCUUGAACUUUUGCUCAAGUCAGCAACAAUGAAGGUGACGGCAGAUGACCCGAAAACGGGAAAGCAAGUAUCCACCACUAUGGCUGCAUUUCAUCACCAAGUCUCGUACCACCAGGGCAAAAAGCUUGGUUCCAUAGUCCCGCAUCAUGAAUUGAUGACCAAGCUACGGACUGAAUCCGUUCAUAGCAUCCAAACUGUUAGACUACCCAUGGUGGUUGAGCCGAAGGCUUGGCUAAGCUUCGAAGACGGGGGUUAUUACACGUCUCCGCAAAAGGUCGUACGCCAAAAAAGCGGUGAUACCGCACAGCGAGUGUACGCCCAGUCUGCUAUUGACAAUGGCGACAUGAACAAGGUUCUCGCGGGACUGGAUGUACUCGGACGGGUGCCCUGGCAGGUCAACGCCCCUGUUUAUGACGUCAUGGCUCGGGUCUGGAACUCCGGUCAGGGUAUUGGGGGUCUAAUUGGGGAAGACACUGGCUUAGAGCGCCCCCAGGAGCCACCUGCAGAUGCUACGUAUCAAGAGCGCGCACGAUGGGGCAAAGAGAUGCGAGAAUACGACAAUCUGAGGAGUGGUUAUCAUUCACAACGAUGCUUCCAAAAUUUCCAGUUGGAAACAGCAAAAUCAUUUCUCAACGAGAAAAGGUUCUACUUCCCGCACAGCGUCGACUUCCGAGGUCGAGCGUAUCCGAUACCCCCUAUCCUCAACCAUAUUGGAUCCGAUUUAUCAAGAGGUCUUCUCAAGUUUGCACAUGGCAAGGAGCUUGGUACGGUCGGAUUGCAAUGGCUCAAAAUCCAUCUUGCCAAUCUCUACGGGUAUGACAAAGCUAGUCUGCGGGAGCGAGAACAAUUUGCCAUGGAUAACAUCGGCGCGAUUUACGAUUCGGCUACUAAUCCAUUAGAAGGCCAGCGUUGGUGGGCCAAGGCCGAAGACCCAUGGCAGUGUCUGGCUUGCUGCAUGGAGCUGAAGAGCGCCCUUGACUCACCCGAUCCUACACGCUUUGUCUCUCAACUACCGGUACAUCAAGACGGAACCUGUAAUGGACUCCAGCAUUAUGCCGCUUUAGGAGGCGACCACGCAGGUGCCCGUCAGGUCAACCUUGAGCCGUCUAAUCGACCCCAGGAUAUCUACACUGGCGUUGCUGAACUGGUCAAGGAAAUGGUCGCAAAGGAGGCCGCUGAAGGCCUACCAUAUGCCACCUUUGUCAAUGGUCACAUCACUCGAAAGGUUGUCAAGCGAACGGUCAUGACCAAUGUCUACGGGGUCACAUUCAUGGGGGCGAAGCAACAGGUUCAAGACGAGCUGCAACACAUUUUCCCCAAUUUCAAGGAAACCGAGACAAUUCGAUCCUUAUCUCCGGUUGCACUGUAUGUUGCAUACAAAAUCUUCAACGCGCUUGGCAAGAUCUUCAACGGCGCCCAGGGAAUCCAGUAUUGGCUUGGUGAAUGUGGUGACCGCAUUACGACCUCUCUCACCGCUGAGCAAGUUAGGAAUAUUCAAAGACGAUUCGAAGGGGAGGCGGGUACCCCAUAUGAUUCCAAGUACCAAGCGCCGAAGAAGCUCAAUGCGACAGCGAUGAAUAAAAUGAAUAAGGACAUGGAGGCCUUUACAACUAGUAUCAUCUGGACUACGCCACUCAAGAUGCCCAUCGUCCAGCCAUAUCGUAAGGAUACUAUCCAGAAGAUCAGAACAAAGAUUCAGGAUAUCACCGUUGCGAAAAGAUCGCAGUCGGACGUUGUCGACAAGCGCAAGCAGCUCCAAGCGUUCCCUCCGAACUUCAUUCACUCACUGGAUGCGACGCAUAUGAUUCUUUCGGCACUGAAGUGCAGUGAGAUGGGUCUUGAUUUCGCCGCUGUACAUGACAGUUUCUGGACACACGCGUCCGACAUUCCGAACUUGAACGCCAUCCUCCGUGACGCCUUUGUCCGUAUGCACUCGGAAGACAUUAUCGGUCGCCUGGCUGCCGAAUUCGCAACGCGCUAUGCAGGCGCAAUGCAUCGCGCGAGCAUUCUCGCCUCUUCAGAAGUCGGCCGGAAAAUCAACAAGUGGCGAUGGCAACAUCGCAAACUCGCCGGCAAAACUCUUAAGAACACUGAAACCCGCCAAGGAGAUGCGAGCUUCGAGGAGGUCGCGCUUGAAGCCCAGAGACAAGAGCUACUAAAGAGCGAAGACCCACAAGAGAGGAAGAAGGGCGAAGAGAUGGUAACACCAACACGCAUUUGGCUCGAGAACCAGGAUCCCAAGGCAUUUUCCUCGUUCCGUCUCAGUCUUAUUGGUGAGACCAAGGACAAACAGUCGAGAGACAGGCAAGAGGAGAUCAAGGAUAAGGUUCUCAGCGCCGAGGCAGACGCCGUGAACAGCGAUUCCACAGAGGCAGUGUCCAGAAUCGAAUCGACUCUGACUGUCGAAGAGGAUCUUGAAGUCGACGGUAACCCACCCAACAAAUUCGGCAUCACGGAGCAAAAGAAGUCGGCAUCCCGUAUCGCCGCCGACAAAGGAUUAGUCCAAGUCUGGAUUCCCCUCACGUUCCCGCCUGUGCCGGAGAAGGGCGACUGGGACGUCUCGCGACUCAUGGAGAGUAAAUACUUCUUCUCAUGA